GUCUCCUCGAUGGAAAACCUAACUCUUUGAUUUCUCCCAUACUCGAUAAUCGCUUCUCCCAUCCAUCUUCUUACCUGUACAGAGGAGGUUGAGAAUGGGGUUUUUCGAUCUUAAUAUACCCUACACUGAAUCCAACAAGCGGAACCCUACCACCGAAAAAUCGAUACGAUUGAAACUCGCCGUCAAAGCCAUGGAAUUGGGUUACACCGGCGUUGCAUACAACCGUACUAUUACCGGAGUAAUGUCGGAAGUAGACCGUUGUUCAAUCUCUUUGUUCCCACUUUCUUCUGUUCUCAAGGUCUCUCCUUCUAUCUCCACCUCUGUAAACCUUCACCGCCGCCUCCUCAAUGUUCCAACCUCCACACCCUUCCGUCAAUACACUCGUCUCACGGUUGUUGUUGAUACACCCGCACAAGGAUCAGCUCUUAAUUCUGGCAACCCAGUUCUUAAAACUUAUGACAUUGUUGCUGUGAGACCCUUGAAACAGGACGCCUUCGAUCAAGCUUGUAAAAAUUACGAGGUGGAUAUAAUUUCCAUUGAUUUUUCAGAGAAUCGUUUUCGAUUGAAGCAACCCUUGAUUAAGGCUGCAAUCGAGAGAGGAGUAUAUUUUGAAAUUACAUACUCAGGUCUUGUUCUGGAUGCUCAGUUGAGAAGACAAAUGAUAUCCAAUGCCAAGGUGUUGGUAGAUUGGACACGUGGAAAAAAUCUAAUUUUUUCAAGUGCUGCUCCUUCCGUAACUGAACUUAGAGGACCACAUGAUGUUGCAAAUCUUGCAUCUCUACUUGGUUUAUCAAUAGAACGUGCUAAAGCUUCUGUUUCAAGAACAUGUAGAUCUCUACUUGAAAACAGCUUAAGAAAGAAGAAAUUCUACAAAGAGGCGAUAAGGGUUGAGUUAAUCACAUCUGAUACUGAGGGAGCUGGUUUUGAUGACUGGCUUAAGUGGGACCCAAUCUCUAGUGGUGAAGGUGAUUUGCAAAUUGAUGACAUGGCAAAGUCAUUUGCAGCCUCAAGUAAAGAAUCAAAAACUGUUAAAGCCAUUGAUUUUGUUUCAAUCAUUGAUGGAUUGUCAUCACAUGGAUUGCACAUUAAGGACAUGGUAUCUGAAACAAAAUUAGAGUCAUAUGAUCCUAUUGAAAAUAACCAGACUUCAUUAAUGGAGGCUCAGGAGAAAGGAGAAAAUGAAAAGUUUGAAACUGUUGAAGUUUUGGCUAAUGUUGAGGGAGGUGAAACUUGUGCUAUGAUUAUAGAAGAAGUGAAUAAGAUACAAAGUGAUGAGGCUAUAUUAGAAGCAAAUGUCAGAUGCAAGAGAUGUGAUAGCUACUACACCUCUUCCAAUACUUUGGCCACUUUAAGGUCUCAUGAUGAGUUGGAACAGAUUGAUGGUGAUUCAGUUGUUCAUGAGCCAUUGGAAGAUAUGUCAAUGGAAGUCAAAGAUCAUAGUCAAAUCAAUCAUUUGUCUUCAUCAGAGAAAGUUAGAAGAAAGCAAGGGAGUUCACUAGGAUCCACAUCAUUUCCUUUUAAGCGUUUGUUGAGAACUUCUUCACAUUUCAAGAAAUCUCGGAAGCACAAAACAAAGAGCAGAAUUUUGAGUCUAAGCGAACUUAUCGGGUGAGAUCUGAUAUCUAAGAAAGUUCUCAAUUUUGACUUUUUUAUUUGAAAAUUUUGACCAUUAGAUCAUGUUAGUGUUAUUAUAUGAACUUGUGCUUGAUGGUUCAAUAUCAAUUGCAUGUGGUGAUCGCUUACUAUUGAAAAUUGAGUAUGUCUUUUUACUAUAAUUUGAUUUGAUCAUAUUCAUUUAUACUAUGUAAUCAUUUUUAGUAUGUGAGUCUUAUUUUACUAAAUGAGGAGAUAUGAAAAUGUUUG